AUGCCAUUAACCAUCUUUUUUGUAGUGUCAGUAGGCUACGAGUAUGAAACGUGUCCUGACUUCAUUCUCUGGGAGAAAAGGACAGUGGUUCUACAGGGGUUUGAGAUGGAUGCUUCUAAUCUAGGAGGCUGGACCUUGAAUAAGCAUCAUAUUUUGAAUCCACAAAGUGGAAUUGUGCAUAAAGGGAAUGGAGAAAACAUGUUCAUUUCCCAGCAGCCUCCUGUCAUCUCAACCAUCAUGGGCAAUGGACACCAGAGAAGUGUUGCCUGCACCAACUGCAAUGGCCUGGCCUACAACAAUAAACUUUUUGCUCCAGUUGCCUUAGCAUCUGGCCCCGAUGGCAGUGUUUAUAUUGGGGACUUCAAUUUUGUAAGAAGAAUAUUUCCUUCUGGAAAUUCCAUUAGUAUUUUGGAAUUAAGGAACAGAGAUACCAGACACAGCACAAGUCCUGCUCACAAAUACUAUCUGGCUGUGGAUCCAGUGUCUGAAUUCCUUUAUCUCUCAGACACAAAUACAAGAAGAGUCUACAGGCUGAGAUCUCUUGGAGAAACCAAAGAUCUGGCUAAGAAUUUUGAUGUAGUGGCAGGAACAGGUGAUCAGUGCCUUCCCUUCGACCAAAGUCAUUGUGGAGAUGGAGGGAGAGCAUCAGAAGCUUCACUCAACAGCCCCAGAGGUAUCACAGUUGAUAGGAAUGGUUUUAUUUACUUUGUGGACGGCACCAUGAUUCGGAAAAUUGAUCAGAAUGCUGUGAUCACAACUGUCAUUGGCUCAAAUGGACUGACAUCCACACAGCCAUUGAGCUGUGACUCGGGAAUGGACAUCACUCAGGUGCGAUUGGAGUGGCCAACAGACCUUGCAGUCAAUCCCAUGGAUAACUCAUUGUACAUCUUGGAUAACAACAUCGUCUUGCAAAUUUCUGAAAGUAGGCGUGUCCGGAUUGUUGCUGGGCGGCCCAUCCACUGUCAGGUGCCAGGGAUAGAUCAUUUCUUAGUCAGCAAGGUGGCGAUCCAUUCGACUCUGGAAUCAGCCAGGGCCAUUAGCGUCUCUCACAGUGGAAUUCUGUAUAUCGCCGAAACAGACGAGAGAAAGGUGAACCGCAUCCAACAAGUCACAACCAAUGGUGAAAUCUCUCUAGUUGCUGGAGCCCCCACGGACUGUGACUGCAAAAUUGAUCCUAACUGUGACUGUUUUUCAGGUGAUGGUGGCUACGCCAAAGAUGCAAAACUCAAAGCCCCGUCUUCGUUAGCAGUUUCCCCUGAUGGCACUCUCUAUGUGGCUGACCUGGGGAAUAUCCGAAUCAGGGCUAUAAGCAAGAACAGAGCUCAUCUGAAUGACAUGAACCUCUAUGAGAUUGCCUCCCCGGCUGACCAAGAACUCUAUCAGUUCACCGUCAAUGGGACUCACCUGCACACGUUAAAUCUGAUCACCAGGGACUACGUGUACAAUUUUACCUACAAUAGCGACGGAGAUUUAGGAGCAAUUAUUAGCAACAAUGGAAACUCCGUUCACAUUCGACGGGAUGCUGGUGGGAUCCCUCUGUGGCUAAUGGUGCCUGGGGGUCAGAUGUACUGGCUGACCAUAAGCAGCAAUGGUGUCCUAAAAAGAGUAUCUGCCCAAGGGUAUAACUUGGCCUUGAUGACCUAUCCAGGAAACACGGGCCUUCUGACAACCAAAAGCAAUGAAAAUGGAUGGACAACUGUUUAUGAGUAUGACCUUGAGGGCCAUCUGACCAAUGCCACUUUUCCUACUGGAGAGGUCAGCAAUUACCACAGUGACCUGGAGAAGCUCACCAAAGUGGAGCUGGACACUUCUAACAGAGAAAAUGUCAUCACAGCCACCAACUUUACAGCCACCAGUACCAUAUACAUUCUAAAACAUGACAAUACCCAGAGUACCUAUCGUGUAAGCCCUGAUGGAUCCCUCCGGGUUACCUUUGCAAGCGGCAUGGAGAUCACUCUCAACACCGAGCCACACAUUCUUGCUGGGGCAGUCAACCCCACCUUGGGCAAGUGCAAUAUUUCCUUGCCUGGAGAGCACAAUUCUAACGUUAUUGAGUGGCGGCAGCGGAAGGAGCAGACCAAAGGCAACAUGUCGGCAUUUGAGAGGAGGCUGAGGGCCCAUAACAGGAACCUGCUCUCCAUAGAUUUUGAUCACAUAACUCGCACAGGAAAAAUUUAUGACGACCAUCGGAAAUUCACCCUCCGGAUUCUUUACGACCAAUCUGGUCGUCCGAUUUUGUGGUCUCCCGUCAGCAGAUAUAAUGAAGUGAACAUCACCUAUUCACACUCGGGACUAGUAACUUACAUUCAAAGAGGGACAUGGACUGAGAAAAUGGAAUAUGACCAGGGUGGCAAGAUAAUUUCACGAACCUGGGCUGAUGGGAAAAUAUGGAGCUAUACUUACUUAGAGAAGGGCAGCAUUAUAGAUGCUAAACAGGCUCUCUACUCCAAGGAAUCUUUGUAUAGCCCUUCUACAGUGACGGCCCAAAGUACAAAAUCUGUGAUGCUCCUCUUACAUAGCCAGAGGCGUUACAUCUUUGAAUAUGACCAAUCAGACUGCCUCCUCUCAAUCACUAUGCCCAGCAUGGUGCGCCAUGGCUUACAAACAAUGCUUUCGGUGGGUUACUAUAGGAAUAUCUACACUCCUCCAGACAGUAGCACUUCUUUCAUCCAGGACUUUACCAGCGAUGGAAGACUUCUGCAGACACUUUACCUUGGGACAGGGCGCAGAGUUCUCUACAAGUAUACUAAACAGUCCAGAUUGUCCGAGAUUCUCUAUGAUACCACUCAAGUCACAUUUACAUAUGAAGAGUCUUCUGGAGUGAUUAAGACAAUACAUCUGAUGCAUGAUGGAUUUAUUUGCACAAUCAGAUACAGGCAAACAGGUCCUCUUAUUGGACGCCAGAUUUUCCGAUUCAGCGAAGAAGGCCUUGUGAAUGCCCGAUUUGACUAUAGUUAUAACAACUUUCGGGUUACCAGCAUGCAAGCCGUCAUAAAUGAGACCCCUUUGCCGAUAGAUCUGUACCGUUAUGUUGAUGUUUCUGGAAGGACAGAGCAGUUUGGAAAAUUCAGCGUCAUCAACUAUGACUUAAACCAAGUUAUAACCACCACAGUCAUGAAGCACACUAAGAUCUUUAGUGCCAAUGGCCAAGUCAUUGAAGUGCAGUAUGAAAUCCUGAAGGCCAUUGCCUACUGGAUGACCAUCCAAUAUGAUAACAUGGGCCGCAUGGUUAUAUGCGAUAUCAGGGUAGGAGUUGAAGCCAACAUAACAAGGUACUUUUAUGAAUAUGAUGCUGAUGGUCAGCUUCAGACUGUCUCUGUGAAUGAUAAAACCCAGUGGCGUUACAGCUAUGACCUGAAUGGGAACAUCAACCUCCUAAGCCACGGAAAUAGUGCCCGCCUGACUCCCCUCAGAUAUGACCUCAGAGACCGCAUCACUAGGCUUGGAGAAAUUCAGUACAAGAUGGACGAAGACGGCUUUCUCCGACAGAGGGGGAAUGAUGUAUUUGACUAUAAUUCCAAUGGCCUACUGCAAAAAGCCUACAAUAAGGCUUCCGGCUGGACCGUGCAGUACUACUACGAUGGGCUUGGGCGACGGGUUGCCAGUAAAUCCAGUCUAGGACAGCACCUCCAGUUUUUUUAUGCAGAUCUCGGCAAUCCCAUUAGAGUUACUCAUCUGUACAAUCACAGCAGCUCAGAAAUUACGUCACUUUACUACGAUCUCCAAGGCCACCUCAUUGCAAUGGAGCUGAGCAGUGGGGAAGAAUACUACGUAGCCUGUGACAAUACAGGAACCCCGUUGGCUGUGUUCAGUAGCCGAGGUCAGGUGAUAAAAGAGAUACUGUACACGCCCUAUGGUGAUAUCUAUCAAGACACCUAUCCAGACUUUCAAGUCGUCAUUGGUUUUCACGGAGGACUUUAUGAUGCCCUCACAAAAUUAGUCCAUUUGGGACAAAGAGAUUAUGACGUGCUUGCUGGACGUUGGACAACACCUAAUCAUCACAUAUGGAAGCAUCUGAACACUUUUCCAAAACCAUUCAAUCUCUACUCAUUUGAAAAUAACUAUCCUGUUGGCAAAAUACAAGAUGUUGCCAAAUACACCACAGAUAUUGGAAGUUGGUUGGAGCUAUUUGGUUUCCAGUUGCACAAUGUUCUGCCUGGAUUUCCAAAACCAGAACUAGAAAGUGUGGAGUUAACCUAUGAGCUUCUGCAGCUUCAAACAAAAACUCAAGAGUGGGAUCCUGGCAAGACUAUCCUGGGCAUUCAAUGUGAGUUGAAAAAACAACUUAGAAAUUUCAUUUCCUUAGACCAACUUCCUAUGGCUCCCAGCUACAGCGAUAGGAGGUGUCUCGAAGGAGGAACGCAUCCCAGGUUUGCCGCUAUUCCGUCUGUAUUUGGAAAAGGUAUAAAGUUUGCCAUCAAGGAUGGCAUCGUGACUGCUGACAUCAUAGGAGUAGCCAACGAAGAUAGCCGCCGAAUCGCCGCCAUCCUCAAUAAUGCUCAUUACCUGGAAAACCUGCACUUUACCAUUGAUGGGCGGGAUACUCACUACUUCAUUAAACUCGGCUCUCUGGAGGAAGACUUGGCUCUGAUAGGUAACACAGGAGGGAGGCGGAUUUUAGAGAAUGGUGUCAAUGUUACUGUAUCCCAGAUGACUUCUGUGAUGAAUGGGAGGACUAGACGCUUUGCAGAUAUACAGCUCCAACAUGGUACUCUGUGCUUUAACAUUCGGUAUGGAACAACUGUAGAAGAGGAAAAGAACCAUGUGUUAGAAAUUGCCAGACAGCGAGCCGUUUCCCAGGCCUGGACUAAGGAACAGAGGCGGUUGCAAGAAGGGGAAGAGGGGAUUAGGGCAUGGACAGAGGGAGAGAAGCAACAACUUUUGAGCACUGGGAGGGUCCAAGGGUACGAUGGCUAUUUUGUCUUGUCUGUUGAGCAGUAUCUAGAACUUUCUGACAGUGCCAACAAUAUUCACUUUAUGAGACAGAGCGAAAUAGGCAGGAGGUAA